GUGUUUAACUAAAUAAUGAAAUAUGAUACAAUUAUAUUCAAUUUUGUUAAGGUUAUGUCAAAUACAACUGCAUGCAAUGAUGUUCAUAAAGAGAAGAGAACAAAAGAGUUUACUAAGAUGUCACCAGCAAGACUGAAAAGGAUGCAGCUCAUAAAAGAAAAACAGAACAUCUCUGAAAACACUCAUGUGCAAGUAAAAGCCAACCAAAAGUCUUACCAGAAUCUGAAACAACAAAAACUAGAACAAAUUUCUCUAAGUUCACCUCACAAUAAAGACUCUAAUCAAACGUCCAAAAUAAACGAAACUCAUGUUCAUAGGGGCGAAAAAAGUGAUAUAAAAAAUAACCAGCCUACUACAAGUGCAACCUCUAAAGAAGCAAGUACAACUUACACACAGAAACAGAUCAAAAAGUUAAAGAAGGCAAUAAAAAGCUUUUUCACUGACCUGGAUGCAAAUCAGUUUAAUGUGGAAGAAUUAACUGUAAAAGAACUGCGGCAAAAUUUUGAAUUUGGAAAUGGGAUCACGCUAAAUAAAGAUGGGCGGAAAUAUUUUACUGAUGUUGGUGCAAAGUAUCUCUCUUUCUUGUUGCAAAAUGAACAAAAGAAUGAAGGAAACAAUAUGCAGGAAAAUCGUGACCACAAUAGAAAUAAAAGAAAAUCAUCUGAAGCGUCUACAUCCCACAGUGGAAGUUACGAAUCUCCUGCUAAGGUGAAACGUGUAGGACAAACCUCAUCUAAUAUACACAAUGUACAAUGCCCCAUCUGUCUAUCCAUGUUUUCUGGUUCUGAGAUAGAGAACCAUGCCGCACUUUGUGGGAGUGUUGACACGAAUGACAUCCAAGUACUUGCACAUACAACCCCCACAAGCAACACAGUUGUUGAUUGUUCAGACAACUCGAGUUUAAGUAAACAAGAACAAGAGAAUUGGAUCAAAUAUAGCCAAAAACCCAAACCCUAUCAGAAAAGAUUAAACUGUUCAGAAUAUGAAAACACUCUCCUUGCCCGGUGCCCAACAUGUGGACAAAAGUACAAGGCUUCUGAGAUUGAAAUACACAGUGAUGAAUGUGCAGAGAAAGUAUUCAGCGGCUACACACGUAUGGGGCUUCAUCUUGUAAAAACUAAGAAGGAAGGAAAAAAACCGAAGACUGCACAACUUUUAACUGGUCCCAUAAUGAUAGAUUAAGUCUCCAUGCUGUACCCCAUUUUUAGUAUAUGACUUUUUUAUUUUUUGAUAAUAUCACUUUGUUUAAAUUCAUUAAUGCAUUAAAAGUGUAAUGAAUUAUGCGAGUUACAGCAAUACAUGGGCCAAUGAAU